AUGGGCCAAAUGAUGGGAUCAUACAGUGCCCGGGAAGUUGAUUUAUACAUGGAUGAUAAACCAACUUUUGAUCACCAGGCAGGGUUUCAAUUUGAGAGGAAACAACGAGAAAUGGUAGCACAAGAAGAACACCUAGUAUCCGCUAUGAUUCCCCCAAAGUAUAGAGAUUAUUGUUCUCACCAUUUGCUGGAGUAUCAAGUGUGCCGCUACAAAAAUAUGCCAAUGCUCUACAGAUGUGCCCAUGAAAAACAUAAUUAUUUGAACUGUGAACACCAAGAUUAUGUUCUACGAAUGAAAGAGUUUGAACGUGAACGCCGUUUACGCUUACGUGAAAAUCGUCUUGUAGGAGCGGCAUAA